UCCAGGUGGAGGCGACAUGAGGGAAUCUAGCUUUAAGAGUGGGAGAGCGUACAGCGGGCGCUGUCGGUGUCACGUUGGGGUGCGGCUGCAGACAAAGUCAGAUGUAAAGGCUGCCGUGAUUGAAAUCUGGAUUAAAAUCUGCGAGGCUCUUAUCGCGGGUGCCCGAUCUUUUCGCCGUCUGCACAAUGGCUUUGCUGGAGGCGUUAAAUGCGCUGUGCUUUCCCGUAGAGCUUCGUAGGCUGUUGCAUUUGAUCGCCGUGUUUUGUUUGGUUUACCUUCUGCUCAAAACAGUGAAGCUGUGUCGCCGCAGAUGGAAGAUGUUAGAGUGGAUGCAACUUUUCCCGGGACCUCCGGCCCACUGGUUAUUUGGACACGUACUGGAGUUUCCUCAGGAUGGGACAGAUUUGGACAAGACUGUAACAUGGACACACCAAUAUCCAUAUGCCUACCCAAUAUGGUUUGGGCCAUUCACAGCAUUUUUAAAUAUCAACCACCCAGAUUAUGUUAAAACUCUACUUCUAAGUACAGCACCAAAAGAUGACAUGGUGUACCAGUUUAUUAUUCCCUGGAUUGGUGAAGGCUUGCUGGUGAGUUCGGGGCAGAAGUGGUUCCGUCAUCGAAGACUAUUAACACCUGGAUUUCACUAUGAUGUUUUGAAGCCAUAUGUGAAGCUGGUUGCUGAUUCAACCAAAACCAUGCUGGACAAAUGGGAACAAAUUUGCGCGGAAGGAAAUAAUGCCUUGGAACUCUACCACCACGUCAGCCUCAUGACAUUGGAUAGUAUUCUGAAGUGUGCCUUCAGUUACCAUAGCAACUGCCAGGUUGAAAGUGACAGCUCAUACAUUCAGGCUGUGUACAACCUGUGCUUCCUCUCCAAUCAGCGAUUCAGAACCUUUCCAUAUCACAACAACCUUAUCUACUAUCUCAGUCCCCAUGGAUUUCGUUUUCGGAAGGCGUGCAACUUGGCACACCGUCAUACUGAGGAAGUAAUACGCCAAAGAAAGGAGAUAUUUAAGGAUGAGAAGAAAUUGGAAAAAAUAAAGGAAAAGCGGUAUUUGGACUUCUUGGAUAUUCUGCUUUGUGCAAGGGAUGAUGAUGGUGAAGUACUAUCUGAUGAAGAAAUCCGAGCAGAGGUUGACACCUUCAUGUUUGAAGGCCAUGACACAACAGCAAGUGGAAUUUCCUGGCUCUUGUACUGUCUGGCCCAACACACAGAACACCAGCAAAAGUGUAGGGAAGAAAUCCAGGAGCUUCUCAAGCAGCACAAACAAAUUGAAUGGGAUCUGCUUCAUAAGAUGCCUUACACCACAAUGUGCAUUAAGGAGUCUCUGCGCCUUUGCCCCCCAGUCCCAGGAAUAUCCAGGAAGCUGAACAAACCACUUACAUUCUUUGAUGGGAGAACAUUACCUGAAGGUUGUCUGGUGGGUGUGAGUAUCUACUGCAUUCACAGGAAUCCCAUGAUUUGGAACAACCCAGAGAUAUUUGAUCCUUUAAGAUUUUCUCCUGAAAAUUCAGCAAAUAGACAUUCACAUGCCUUCAUACCUUUCUCGGCUGGACCAAGGAACUGCAUUGGUCAACAAUUUGCCAUGAACGAAAUGAAGGUGGCCAUUGCACUGAUCCUUAGUCGGUUUGAGCUGGAAGUUGAUGAAUCAAAGCCACCAAUUAAAAUACCCCAGCUAGUCCUCCGCUCCAAAAAUGGAAUACACCUAAAGCUUAAAAAAUUGGAUUAAGAUCUAAUGCAAGGAAGAAUUGAUUUUGAAAAACAUUAAAAUGGUGAUACUAA